CCAGCUCUCUCUCUCGCUCUCACCCUCGCUCUGCGUUCUGUCCGGGAGGAGUACGGAGAAGCCAAUAGGAUGCGGGGUCUCUAAUGGAUGCAAAUGAUCAUGAAAAGACAGUGCAAAAUAUGAAACAACUCAUUUGCAGGGAAGUAAAUCACCGAAAACUGUUUAUGAACUGGCAUCCCUUCUUCGAAAUGUAAAGCGAGGACCUCUUUAAGUGGCGGUAUAUUUUUGUUUGGGGGGUGGGGGGUGGGGGGAGGGCGAGCGAGCCGCGGCUGCCAUGCAAGCUUAGACUUUUGGAGGCUUCGCUGUCCUUUUCUAUUCCUGGAAAUCACAAAAAGUGUGGUGGCUUCGAGAUCUUCUUCGCCUUUUCUUUCUUUUCCUUUUUUUUCCUCCUCCCUUUCCCUCUCCUUUCCUGGCGAGGGUGACUAGGAGCCGGCGAAUCCGCGUUUUUUUCUCUCUCUCUCUCCCUCCCUUUCCCCCUCCCCACCCCCUCCCCAACAGCCCCCAACUACAGCCGCCGCCGCCGCCGCCGCCUCAAAAUUCAAUAAAAUGAGCUCUUAUUUCGUCAACUCACUGUUCUCCAAAUACAAAACCGGGGAGUCCCUGCGCCCCAAUUAUUAUGACUGCGGCUUCGCCCAGGACCUGGGCGGCCGACCCACCGUGGUGUACGGUCCCAGCAGCGGCGGCAGCUUCCAGCACCCGUCGCAAAUCCAGGAGUUCUACCACGGGCCGUCGUCGCUGUCCACGGCUCCCUACCAGCAGAACCCGUGCGCCGUGGCGUGCCACGGGGACCCCGGCAACUUCUACGGCUACGACCCGCUGCAACGGCAGAGCCUGUUUGGUGCGCAGGAUCCAGACCUGGUGCAGUACGCCGACUGCAAGCUCGCCGCCGCCAGCGGCCUGGGCGAGGAGGCCGAGGGAUCAGAGCAGAGCCCGUCGCCCACACAGCUCUUCCCCUGGAUGCGCCCGCAAGCAGCCGCCGGACGCAGGCGAGGCCGACAGACCUACAGCCGCUACCAGACCCUGGAGCUGGAGAAGGAGUUCCUAUUUAAUCCCUAUCUGACUCGCAAGCGGCGGAUCGAGGUAUCGCAUGCGCUGGGACUGACAGAGAGACAGGUCAAAAUCUGGUUCCAGAACCGGAGGAUGAAGUGGAAAAAAGAGAACAACAAAGACAAGUUCCCCAGCAGCAAAUGUGAGCAGGAGGAGCUGGAGAAACAGAAGCUGGAGCGGGCCCCGGAAGCGGCGGACGAGGGCGACGCGCAAAAGGGCGACAAGAAGUAGGCUCCAGCUCGGACUGCCAGGGCCGCGGCCGCCCUCGGUCCGCGGGUUCCCCGCCCGCGCCGCCGCCGCCCGCCCCGCCCGCCCCAGACAGCUCUGGCCCCGCGAGCGGGCCCGGAGCCCGGCCUCCCACCGCAGCGUCCCCCACCGCGCUGUCCCCGCUAGUGGUAGUAUCUCGUAAUAGCUUCUGUGUGUGAGCUACCGUGGAUCUCCUCCCUUUCUCUUGGGGGCCGGGGGGAAAGAAAAGGAUUUUAGGCAAGGACUCCCUCGCCCUGCGAGGCUGAGAGGCUGCGGCCUGGCCGAGCACCCCUCUCCCCUGCCCCCGCCCCGUGUAAAAAGCCUCCUUGUGCAAUGGUCUUUUUUCCUUUGAACGUGCUUUGUAAUGACCGAGGUACCGAUUUCUGCUAAGUUCUCCCAACAACAUGAAACUGCCUAUUCACGCCGUAAUUCUUUCUGUCUCCCUCUCUCUCCUUCUCUCUCUCGCUCUCUCUUCGUCUCUCCCUCUCUCCGGCCUCGUCCUCAUUUCCCCCUCCCAACCCCUCUUCCCCUGCUGCCUCCCUAGCUCGCUAGCUUUCUCUCUUGCUUCUCUCUUUUCCUCGCCAAUCCCCCCCUUUCCUUUGGUUUGACAAUUUCGUCUUAAGUGUUUCUCAAAAGAGGUUACUUUAGUUAGCAUGCGCGCUGUGGGCAAUUGUUAAAAGUGUUCUUAGGUUUACUGUGAAGAGAAUGUAUCCUGUAUCCGUGAAUUGCUUUACUGGGGGGAGGGAGGGCUAAUUAUAUAUUUUGUUGUUCCUCUAUACUUUGUUCUGUUGUCUGCGCCUGAAAAGGGCGGAAGAGUUACAAUAAAGUUUACAAGCGAGAACCCGA